AUGUUACGUAUUAUCGCUAACGGCACGCUCGCGUUCGGCGGUCGUGUGUGCAUUCGCUCCACAACCGCUCUGCCGCGGCCCGGUGCCGGCGCCUUCCUGACGGACUCAGAAUUUCAAAUUGAUAUGCAGGAUAAACGCAGGCACGCGUUCCAGCCGCUCUCCACGCGCCUCACACCUGUGCGUGGACGCAGCGAAGGAAUGAAUUGGAAAUACGAUAUUUUGGGUGAAUGGGUGUCGUUAGCCCCUGAUUGCCUUUCCACUCCAGCAGUGUGGGAUUCUCACAUCCCAGGUGAUGUCACUGCUUCAGAGGAUCCUUUAUUUAUCUUCAAGGAACAAAUAUUUGAUGUGUUGAAGUGAAGUGCAACUUUCAAUCUCAACAGUCAGAUUCUCAAGAUGUUAGUACUUCCAAUUAAUUACUCAGUGCGUCAUCUUCAACUUGUGAUAGAUAAACGUCGAUUAGCAAAGAAAAAAUCGUGUCUUCCACGAUGUAAUGAAACAUUUCCUAAAAGGUUAAAACUGAUUUAAAAGGAUGCGUUCUGUUCGAACGUAUAUUAGUUAAUUAAGUGAAAGAACUCUUUUACUUACGUACACUUGCAUUGGUAUACAUAAACUACGUUUCUUCACCAUAUACGUGAGGUUCAAUAAUAGUGCUACGAGAAUAUACAGUGUGCCUUUUCUGCAUGUUCCUGCUGAUCAAGUUGGGUUAAUUCUUCCUUGUAAGUAGUGUAUUUCAAACAUUUAUUUCAUUGCAAGUGUCAGUAAAAUGAACUAAUGGAAGAUUCAAUUAGCGUGUAAAUAUUUACGUGAACAUUUUUUUGGGACUUGCCGAGUUAUGUACUCAAUGGAAGAUGAUCAUUGCGGUGACUUGUAUCAAUACAUUCCUAUGAACUUAUUUGUGAAAUUAUCAGUAUUUAGUCGAUAUGCCGCUUAAUGGAAAAGAUAAAUGCAGGAAUAAGAUCCUGACAGCGAAAUAUUUGCGUGGAACCAGAAAAACAUUUCACCAUACCUGCACGAAAUAUUGUGAUGAAAGUGCCUUAACAAUCAACAUAAGAACAUUUAAAAUGUAAUUAAUAGGUUUUAAAAAAAGGAAGAACAAUUAUUAGACUUAUUUCACUCUACAUAAUGUAAUGUAGUUUUAGAUGUGUAAUAUGAAAUGUGAUCUCAUUUCCUUCUAUAUCUGUGACGUUUUGAUUCUUUAAGUGUCUGCAAUAAUGGUACAUAUAUACUAUUACUUCCAUGAGAAGUGUGAACUUGAACUGUUGCUAAUCUAUAUGCUUAUUUAUAUUAGUUUUCAAGAAUUUAUAACAACUGUUUACCGAACUAUUACAAGGACAUUUUCUUGAAAUAAAACAACAUAAUUGUAUCAAGGUGUUACUUGACAUCAUGAUACAUGAUGUUCUGGUAACGCAGUAGAAAACCAAUACAUAUGCGCUUCCAAGACAUUCCUUUAUGGAAAGUGUCGAUACUAGUCUUACUGAUUAUAACAUUUACAUUUAAAGUAGUUCAUCACCUUCAUUUCAUGACAUUCCAUUAUAACAAGAGGAGGAAUGACUCAUUUUGAAGUACAAUGUAGAGAAAUGCUUGUGUUUGUAGAUAUUAGAUUUUAAUAUUUUAUCACAUGCUGUGGGCUUAAACAUGGAGUUUGUUAUUUUGACUUGAAAUUCAAACAGAUUUUAGAAGCUUGUAUUGAUGAUUUUAGAUUUAUUCUAUACAUUCCAUUAGUGUGUUAUACAAAAACAAUUCUGGACAUUCAUAUUUCAUUAACUAUGCACAGAUACGUACAAAAUACAACCAACUCAAAAUUUGGCAAUUGAUGUACAAAACUGUUUGUAGAAAACUGAGAAUCGGUGAAUUAGAAAGAGAGUUCAGAAAUGCGUUUUUGUAUACUGAAUUUUCAGUAGGAAAUGGGUAGUGGGACGUUAUUACAAAAUGCAAUAAUGAACAUUAUCGUUUUAUAAGCAUAUGUAUAUAAAUUGUUAAUUUCGAAAUGGUUAUUGUAUUACUUAAAAAACUCGUUCUCACAUGUAAACAGAUUUAAUCAGCCUCAAAAAGAACUCCAAAAGAGUAAAAAUAACUGAUUCUUUUGCAAAAAAACAAAAACAAACAAACAACAAAUCUACUUGAAAUUCCGUAAUGUACAAGUGAAUCCCUCCAAUAUAUUGAUUAUAUUUGUGCAAUUUGGGCGCAAUAAUUGCAUGUUAAAUCUUACAAAUUUUAUGAACAAUAAUGUAAUGCUAUUGAAAGUGAUGUAGCAAUUUUUUCUUGCAUUGAAUUAAAAUAACUAUUGUUUCCUUAAAUGUAAAAUUAGAGGAAAUAGACUGUUAUUUUUUCCAGUUUACAGAUUUCCGAUUAUAGUGAUAGAAGUUGUAAUAUAUUUUUGACACAACUCAUUAACAUUUCUUGCAAAAAAAGGUUUUCUUCUGUCUCACCGAGAACAGUACUCACACUUAAAAAGUCUUAUCUUGUGUAUGUGUCUAUUUUUUGUACAUAUAUUUUAUUUUCUGGGAAAUAAAUU